GAAGUGACGUGAGCCGGAAGCGACACCACCGGAAAGGGCCCUUGAGGGGCGCGCCAUGGCCGGGGAGGCUGAGGCGCCGCCGCCUGAGGAAACUCUGUCGUUCUGGAAACGGGAGCAAGCCCGGCUGAAGGCCCUCGUCGUGGUCGGGGACACGGAGGCGUGGCAGCGGGACGCGGCCUUCUCGGGGCUGCGGAGGGUCGGGGGCGUGGACGUGUCCUUCGUCAAGGGCGACGGCGUCCGCGCCUGCGCGUCCCUGGUGGUGCUCAGCUACCCCGAGCUCGAGGUGGUGUAUGAGGACUGCUGCAUGGUUAGCCUGACGGCUCCCUACGUGUCGGGCUUCCUGGCCUUCCGAGAGGUGCCCUUCCUGGUGGACGCGGUGCGGCGGCUGCGGGAGAAGGAGCCCCGCCUUGUGCCCCAGGUCCUCCUUGUGGAUGGAAACGGGGUUCUCCACCACCGAGGCUUCGGAGUGGCCUGCCACCUCGGCGUCCUCACAGACUUGCCCUGCGUUGGGGUGGCCAAGAAGCUCCUGCAGGUGGACGGGCUGGAGAACGAUGCCCAGCACAAGGAGAAGAUACGACUUCUGCAGGCUGGCGGGGAUUCAUUUCCUCUGGUAGGAGGCUCUGGGACCGUCCUGGGCAUGGCCCUGAAGAGCCACGACCGCAGCAGCAGGCCCCUCUAUGUCUCUGUGGGCCACAAGAUAAGCCUGGAGGCUGCCGUGCGUCUGACCAGAGGCUGCUGCAGGUUCUGGAUCCCGGAGCCCGUGCGACAGGCUGACAUCCGCUCUCGAGACUACAUCCGCAGGACCCUGGGAGCCCCGGAGCCCCCCACACCAGCACAGGAGAGGAGCCAGAAGGCACAGGGGCCAAAGGUGUGCCCCAAGGGAGGUUCGAAAGAGCCCGAAGGUGAGGACAGGCCCCCCAAGGCUCACAGCUGAGGUCCCAAGACACACCGCAAAGACCAACAGCGGCAGUAGGGGAGCUGAGCCGGACGCGGCGAAGCGCUCGGGCUGCCCACCUUCCCGCUCCUGCCCAGAGCUGUGGGUCCCCAGCUGCAGGCCUCAGCACACGCUGGCCACUCCGGCGACAGGGACGGCUGUAGGCUUGGCCCUGCUGCGUGGGCCCGGGCGGUGGUCCCUCCUGCUCCAAGGUCUCGGGCAGGAGGCUGUCAGGAGAUAGAUGUCCCACCUCAGAGCACCGGCCCCAGGAGGAGCCCAGCAGUGCCCUCCCAGGGCCCAGGAAGGGCAUUUAGAGUUCUGGAGGUUCUUUGAUGUGUUUUGUUUUUGUUCUUAAAGUGCCCAGGUGGGCUUAGGCCUGCCGGACUGUGUGUCUGUC